GUGUUGUGUUUACGUCUGUUUGGUUUGUUUGCAAUAAAAUAAGCUUAUACUGUGUGUAUAUAUACAUUCAAAUAUACAACGUCAAGUCUCUGUUUUUACCAGAUUUAGAAGAAAUACGGAAUUUUUUGAUUCGUUUUUGUGAUAAACUGACAAAGCAGUAUGUCCGAACGAAAAGUUCUAAACAAAUACUACCCUCCUGAUUAUGAUCCUUCUAAAAUACCCAAGCUUAAGCGAGCCAAAGACAGACAAUAUGUUAUCCGUGUUAUGGCCCCAUUUCAUAUGAGAUGCAAAACCUGUGGCAAUUACAUCUACAAAGGAACGAAAUUUAACGCUAGAAUGGAAACUGUCCAGACUGAAGAUUAUCUUGGUCUAAGGAUCUACAGAUUCUAUAUCAAAUGCACAAAAUGCGUGGCGGAAAUUACAUUCAAGACUGACCCUGAGAAUAUGGAUUAUGCAAUCGAACAUGGGGCUACGAGGAAUUUUGAGGCAGAAAAGUUGUUGGAACAAGAAGAGAAACGACUACAGGAGAAAAAAGAUGCAGAUGAAGCUAAUCCAAUGAAGAUGUUGGAGAUCAGAACUCGGGAUUCGAAGCGGGAGAUGGAAAUGAUGGAGAGUUUGGAGGAGUUACGGGAGUUGAAUGAACGUGUGGCUGGUCUUGAUUAUGAUGGGUUGCUACGGAAACGCCAGGAGUCAGAAGAAGAGAGAAUUGCGAGGUUGAAGCAAGAGGAGGAUGAAGAAGUAAGGAAAAUUUUUGAUAACCAUAUGAUCCGGAGAUUACAGGAUGAUGACAGUGAUGAAGAAGAUAAGAAGACUCCGGACACAAAGAAACGACCAAUAGAGGCAUCCAGCAUCCUAACUGAUAGCGGUGAGGCGUCCACAAGCAAAAUGCAGAAACUUGAUGUGAAAUCAAAAAAGAAAACUGCGGCAUUGCUGGGAAUAGUGAGAAAAACGACCAAAGCUUCAAACAAUGAACCAAGUACUUCCCAAAACACUCAUAAAAAACUGGAGCAGCCUGUAAAAGACAAUCCUGAAAAUCUAAAUGGAGUUGGAGCCACUAAGAGUAAAACUACUGAACCUGCAAAACCAGUUGGUUUAUCCUUACUUGGUGGUUAUGGAAGUAACAGUAGUAGCAAUGAAACAGAUUCGGACUAAAUUCUGUAGCCUCAUUUUAACAUUAGGUUUUUAAAACAAAAUGAAUACUCUAACCUGUUUAAGGGGUGCGUGGUGCAGUAAUCAAAAAAUUAAAACAUUUUUUUCUGCAUAAAUCAAUACCCAUUUUAAUAUAGAGUUUUUAUAACAUAGUGAAUACCACCUGUUCAAAAGGUGCAGUAGUCAAAAACUUAAAACAUUUUUUUAAUGUGCAUAAAUCAAUAAAAUGCAAUACAAAGCAUUUAAACUAGCAGAUUCAUAAAUACCAUCGCU